UGCUGACGUAGCAAAGAGUUGUGGUACAUGUAUAUGAUUCGUUUUCACCAUGAAAAUGCCGGUAUUUACGGAGCCGGACACGGACGAAGUUUUUGUAAAUAACCUUUCCUCCUCUGAUUACGAUGACAGACUUCAAGCCGUAACUAAUAUAAAGAAUGCUGUCAUUGGUAAUAAGGCAAAGAAAUCCUCAUUCAUCAGACUUGAUAUUAUACCAAAGAUACUUCAACUACUUAUGCAAGAUGAUACUGGGAUUGACUUUGUUGUGGAGUCAGUUGUACUGUUAGGGAGUCUGGCAAGAGGUUCAGCUGAGAAUGUCCAAGCUCUUAUAGAUGCAAAAUCUCUGGAUGUGUUCUUAAAAGGAAUUUGUCAUUCAGAUUCUCGAGUUGUUGAAGCAUCUGUCAGAUCACUGAGGACAGUCUAUGAAUCUUCAUGUGUACCAGUCAUUGAGGAUCAAAGCAUAGUACCACAGCUUGUCGACCUGUUGUCUAGUUCUUUGUCUAAUGCGGAGGGAGCUGCAGCAAUCUUAUCCAAAUGUUGUCAGGGUCCAGCACAUCAGGCUUUGUUAUGUAAUAUGGGAGCUGUCACAGCCUUACUGCCACUUUUGGUCUGUGAUAUUCCCAAGAUACAACAGCCAGCACUUCAGUGCUAUGCAUCUAUGUCAUUUCAAAAUGGGGCUGUGUCAAUUGCUAUGAAGUCAGCAACACAUCAAGGUGAGCAGCUGGUUCAAAUAUUUACUAAGCUGCUGUCAAGAGACAGACCCGAUGAGAUUCAGCUUGGAGCUGCAAAGUGUUUGACAAACAUGCACAGGGCAGGGGCAGUACCAGCAGCAGAACAUCAUGCGCUACUGAUCAAGGUUCUUGCCACAGUGGUCAGAAUGUGUAAAUUGGACAAAAACCUCACCGUCAGAGCUGAGGCAGCAGAGACAUUAGCAUUCCUCAUUGAAGAAGACACAGAGCUGCAGAGGACGGCAGCCAUUUCUGAUCACUUGAUUAAAACGCUAACUGGCUUCUUGGUCAAAAGUGACUUGGACGACAGCUCUUACGCUCUCAUGAGAGAGAGUGCAUUCAAAGCUCUUGCCUCUGUUGGCGCAAACGAUGAAGACAUCAGGAAAAAGAUUAUUGAUAUCGAAUGCACCAUGGAUCACGUGGUGUCCGGUCUAGAGGAUCCCAACACAAAUGUCAAGUUAGCUGCAGUGAAGUGUCUCCACAGCCUGUCGCGUUCUGUGCAACAGUUAAGAACUAGUUUCCAGGACACGGCGGUUUGGAAGCCCAUUAUGAAAUUACUUCAGGACGCCAAUGAUAACAUGAUGACUGUGGCCUCCUCUGCACUCUGUAAUCUGUUGCUGGAAUUCUCUCCCAGUAAAGAGCCCAUAUUAGAAGCAGGAGCCGUCAACUUGUUGUCAAAUUUAACCAGGCGCUCAGAAACUGCACUGCGAUUGAACGGGGUUUGGGCUCUAAUGAAUAUGGCUUACCAAGCAGAUGAAGGAACUAAAAAUAAAAUCCUUGAAGUGUUGGGACCCGAGCAGCUGUUCAGCCUUCUUGAUGAUCCAGACACACAAGUGACGAUGAAAACGCUGGGUCUGAUGAGGAAUCUGUUGUCAGGGCGUGAGGAUAUUGAUCGUAUCAUGCUCCUUCAUGGCGCGCGGAUUAUGGAUAGUGUGAAGCCGAUACUGGACAGUGAGACACGCACUGAGGAUGUCAAAGAACAGGCGUUGUGCGUGAUCGCCAACAUCGCCAAUGGUUCCUCAGCCAAGGAAUUUGUGAUGAGAGACGAGAUUCUGCUCAAACGACUCAUGCAUUACAUGAUGAACGACAGCGUUAAGCUACAAAUGGCAGCCACAUACUGUGUCUCCAACCUGGUGUGGAGCACAGAAGAGGGUGCUGUGGACAGACAGCAAAAGCUUCGCGAUCUUGGAGUGCAAAAAUUACUGCAGUCCCUGCUUACAACAUCAGACGUCAAUCUGUUUGAAAGGGUUAAAACUGCACUUCAACAGUUCACGUGACGCUAUGACGCCAACGGAAUUCCUGUACAAAGUUCAGCUUUUUAAUAAAAUGGUCAUUGUUUCCACUUUCCACUAGUUAUAGCAAAGCAAUAACAUAAACAAUGAUGAAAAUAAUAGUAACGAUAAUAAAAUUGAUAAGAAUAA